AUGGAUCUCAUCAAAUAUGCCACCGAGGCCGAUGGACCAGGACUUGCCAAAGUCAAUGUGCAAAGCUUUCAAGGCCGCCGUCACUUCGAAGAAGUUUUCCCAGGGGCCACCCUGAGCAGAAUGCAGGAAUACAAAAUAGUUGUGGGAAUGAAACAUCUUGCCAACCCCAAUAUGCACGUCCUCAAGAUUCAUGAUCCAGUCAGUGGGGAACUGGCGACCUACAGCCGUUGGCAGUUUCCAGCAUCAUUUGGUCCGAGUCUGGUUACCCUAAGUGAAAAAGCGGCCUUUUUUGCAAAGGACACCAUUCCACAUGCACCCCGACCAAUGAAUGAGGGUGUCUUCAAUGCCUUCAAAAAGCUCCUAGAGGAUAGUCGCAAGCGAUACACGACAGAGAACGAUAUCAGUAAGUGGCCCCCAAAUCCCCGACAGGGGCUUUUUUGCUCAAAUAUUUCACUAGUCCUCGAUCUGCUAGCCACCCUGCCGGAAUAUCAAGGGAGAGGUUUUGGUUCUGCUAUCUUGAAAUGGGGCAUGGAAAAGGCAGAUGCCUCCCAGUCACGCAUCUUCCUCGAGGGUACGCCCGAGGGUGUUCCCGUUUACCUCAAGCACGGGUGGAAGAUAUUAGAGGAGGUGGUUAUGGACUAUACACGAUUUGGUGGUGUUGGGCAAGAGUCCUUUUUCCUGAUGAUGAGGGAUCCAGUUUCACAAUAA